AUGGGAAACUGGCUGUCAAAUGGGCCAUCACGUUCCAGUGAGGGCCAAUUUGGUGACUUUGCUGAUGAUCGUGCAAAGGAGAACAGAUUAUCUCUUGUUGGGCACACCAGCAAUUAUAUAUCAGCGCUGUCAUCAUAUUCCACUUCUGCCACAUUAUCAACGCCCUGGCCCUCUCACAAUGACGCCAAAGGUAUUUAUUCCCCUCCGAAGUCUCACUCGACAUUUACGAUUCCACGACCAGCUGUUUCUUCUCCAUUUCCGACGCGAGCAGAGUAUCUCCGCCAGCCUCUGCGUGCAGAAUCGUUGCAAGAUGCGCUUCAGACGCUGCGCAAUUAUGACAUGACUAUCAUCAUGGAUGAUUCUUCAUCCAUGACUGGUUCGCUGUGGAAUGAGGCAAAACAGGCUCUCGCCGCGCUCGUCAACGCAGUGAGCCAAUAUGACGCCAGUGCCGCUGGCAUAGACAUACAAUUCUUGAACUGCAACGCAACCAUGACGGGAGUUACGGACUCCAGAGUUGUCCACGAGCAGUUCGCCAAAUUCCAGCCCUGUGGCCCAACCACUGUUGGGAAUCGCCUCAGUAUGAUCCUCGGCGAUUAUUUCGGUGACCUGUAUGCUGCUAAGGGACGGGAGGAUUCAUGCAAGAACAUCAAGCCCUUGAAUGUGCUCAUCAUUACUGAUGGCGCGUCAUCGGACGAUGUAGAGAGUGUGGUCGUCUAUUUUUCUAGGCUACUUGAGGCCGACAAGUGGCCACUUGGACAGGUCGGGAUACAGUUCGUCCAGAUAGGGAAUUCGAGGCAUGCAGCACAGUUCCUUAGAAAGCUGGAUGAUUUGAAACAGGCACAUAUACGGGACAUCGUCGACACAACGCCCUAUAUCGGCCAACUGCAUGCUGACAUGCUUAUCAAGGUCCUGGUCGGUGGUAUAAAUCGCCGCGUGGACACGAAGGGUGGUGAUUCAGUUAUGUUUUAAGUUGCGAGACAUUGGACAAAUUGUAUCGUAUCUGGAGCUAAGGAUUUGUCGUCAGCUCAGUACCCAACAAAUCUUCCUGUAGCAAAUAAACCUAUGCAUGUAUGUAGCCUUAGUAAUUUACCA